CCUGGAGAUUUAUAUCCAUUGACAAGAAAGCCACUCUUUGUAAUUGUGGAUAGUGAUAACAGUCACGCAUUUCAAUACAUUCCAAGAUACUUUGGACAACCUGUAUUAGUGCUCAUGUCACCUCAAGAUAUUCCUCCAAGCUUUCAUGAUCAACAACAUAAAGGCAAUCUAUUUACUCUCUUUCUACACAGUCCUUUAACAGCAAUCUGUUUUAUAUGUAAUAUAACUGACAUUCCAUAUAGUUUAUGGGAGAAAAGCCAAAGUCAUAUUGAUCGUUUCAUGUCAGAAGCAAGUAGACUUCUGAUAAAAUGUCGCAAUAUUGAUCCAGCCUUUCUUCAAUUUUAUGGUGAUGAUUUUCUAAGACUGUUGAUUCUGCGAUUCAUUUUUUGUCGUGUUGUUUUGAGGCUACAUAGGCUAUUUAUGAAUAAUAAUUUUUCACCUCGUUCUCAUCCUCCAUUGUCUGAACCUGAGAUUUUAGAGCAGCCAAGUUUAAAAAAGGCAAUUCUUGAACUUGUGAGUGUCUUAGAUGUAAGGAACAUGUUCAGUGAAGUUGAGGAAACUGACUGACAAGUAAUCAAGUUCAUCCUUGCUUGAGGCUCAAAGUUGUCUUACAUUGUGCUGUUUGUUAUAAAUGUGUCUUAAAAAUACCAUCAUCUGAGUCAUACCGUGUUAUGCAAUUAUUAAUAUAAAUUUAUUUAUAUAUAAAAUAACAGAUGCAUUUAUUUUAUUCUUGUUUUAAGAUGGAAAAAAUUUAAUUUUCUUUGUUUACAACUAAUACAGCAUAUGUUUGCAAUAUAAAGAUGUUUUUUCAAAUAUCUGUUACCUCUUUUAAUAAUUUUUUUUUUUUUUAACUGUAAUAUAUGUACGUACAAGGAAUACUUGGCAUGUUUUUCAUUUCUACUUGUAGUUUCCUUUGUUGAAUCAAUGAUUUAAUGUAAAAAUUAUUUUAAUAUAAUUCUUGUUUGUUAAGAAUUUCUACAUUCUUGUUGCAUAGUAUUUGUUAUUCUGUGGAGUGUUUUUCUAUUGUAAUUCCUUUAAACUUGAUGGUGUAAGUCUUAUAUAUUUAAAAGCAAAUUAAUACUGUCAUAACAAAAAGUUAUUAUUUGAUGUGGGUUGGAACAGUGGAAAGGUGUUUAUAAGAUAUAUAUUUUUGAUUAAUUUACUAUACUGUUUUGUUUUCUAGUCUUGUACAGUCUUGUAUUUCACUAGUUAGUUUCGUAAAAUUUUAUUUAAACAUUGUAGUCAAAUAUAUCAAAAAGGAAAUUGUGUGGGAGAAAUAUAGAAAUGCUGAAUGUAUUUUAUGAAGUAAAAUAUUUAACAGGCCAUUAUUCUUCUGUAUUAAUUAUUUUUUCUCUUAUUGAUUUUAUGGGUAUAUGAAAGAAAGUUUAAAUGCUGUAUGUUUAUUUAAUUUUGUUAUGCUGUGUGCAAUGUUUAUGAGUUUAUGUAUUUAAACAAUAUGAUUUUUAUCCAGUAAAUAUUUUAUUGUCCAAUUCUUGGUAUAAAAAAUUCUAUUUAGUAAUAUAUUUCUGUAUAUUAUCAAGUCAUCAUAUAUGUGGUAUCGGCAGUAAUAUAGUCAUAUAUAGUUUAAGAUUAUUGUAAUAGCAAAAUAAUAUUUGCUCUUGAUGUGGUUAUAAUUUUUAAUUUCUUUUCAUCUGUGACAAAGGAUUGUGAUUUUAACUUAUAAUUUCAAAAGAGAAAUAGAUAUAUAUAUAUAUAUAUAUAUAUAUAAAUUGAAAAAGAAAAUGUAAAGCGAACUGGUAAUUAGACGUAAGACCUAUCUGGUCUCAAAAACUUUUGCACAUAAUGCUGCUAUAUAUAUUCUUUUAUUUCAUUAAGAAAAUUUUUUUUUACACUUUUGUUUCUUCUGAAGUAAUGAACUUAGUAAGCUUUCUGUAAAAAAGUUGUAUUUGUUCAUUGAUUUUUAUUUAUUUAUUUAUUUAUUUGCUUGCUGCAGGUUUAACUGGUUUUACUAGCUUUAAACCAAGUUUCAGUAUGUUGUUUAACCCUUUCACAACCAGUUUUUUCUUUUAAAAAAAAAGAUAAAUUAGGGGUUUAUUAGGUAAAAUAAAGUAGAAAUAGCAAUAUUCUGCCCAAUUAUAAGCAAAAAUUUACUGUAAGGGCCAUUUUGGAGGUGGGACAUAUGUAUCCCACUGGUCUUUUUAGUUGGGACACAUGUGUCCCAUUGGGGUUGAAGUGACAAUAUAAAACAUAGUGAAAAGUUCAGUUUUCUAGUUCUAAAUGAAUUUCACAAUACUUUUGGAACAGUUUUAUCAGAAAACACCUACCUACACAACAUUAUUUAUGAAAUUUCUAUGUAUGGUACAUUGCAAAACAGUUUUUACAUAGUGCAAUUUUACACAUGGCGCAAACAGUUUUUGUUCGGGUUUCUUUAUUUUGUUUGGCACAGCGGGCACAUCUUCUUCUUGUUGGCCCUUCUAAUGGCAAAU